CUGAAUAAUGGAUGUGCAAACACAUUAAAGUGCUCAUUUCCACAACUGUUCUGUGUCUUUAAGAGCCCUCGCUUGUUAAGUUGGAAGAUCAUUGAACCAUAUGAGGGUCAAUAAAAGAAUAAAAAGUCACUGGUUGGUGAUUCCAGUCCAAGGAACGUGAUCCUAGUUGAGUAUCUGUGUCCAUAUGCUGCUCGCUUUCCAAGGGGGAGGGUUUGGUCUCCCGCACCUCGUCCUGCCUCAGGAUGGUUUCUGAAAAACUGAUCAAGAUCCUGGUUUUUGAACUCCUGGAGUUUGCUGCCUUCUCCACUCCCACGCUUGUGAUUGUGGAACAGUUUGCCACCGCCUAUCAAACGACGAUGGGGAACCCCGAGAAAACACAUUAUUGGCUGAUUGUUUCCUGCUCGAUUGCCUAUGUGGCUUCCGUGACUUUGCUGAUUUGGGUUCCCAUUAAAGUUCUCUUAUUCAAGAAGCAUCGCUUUACCAAAAACAUUGUAGGAUGGAGACCUGUUAUGAUGAUGUAUGUUAUACUCACCACACUGCCCAGCUUCAGCUUUUCUAUUGCAGUGACUGAGGUCCAAAAGAAUAAGAAUCCCUUACCUUCUACCUUACCUGAUCUGCCUGUUUCUUUGGUUCUGACUUCCUUGAUUGUGGUUGAUAUUAUUGAGAAACUCAGGAUAUAUCCUCUUAAAGCCUGGCAAAAAUGUAAUGAAGACAGGCAUAUUCAUACAACUACUUUGCACCAAGUCAAAACGGUGACAGACCAAGUAAAGCAACAGGAAGAAAAUACUUCAUUUCCGCAGCCAGCCAGGAGGACCGAGGCAUCACAGCCGUCGGCGGAAAGCACACAGAACCCUUCUCCAGUCCUGGAAGAACCCCAGGAACCCUCCUUCCACUCGGGGGUCCUGGGAGCCAUGUCCCAGCAGGAUCAUCGUGCCCAGAUCAUUCUCUGGAGCUUUGUGCUGUGGUCUGACACCAUAGAAAUGGUGCGCGUGGCUGGCCACCCUGCUGUGUAUAAGUCAGGCUGGCUGUACCCAGUCUACAUAUUUAGUUUUAUUUCUCUUCUUCGGAUAAUAUUAACGCCUCAGAACCCUCUUCACAAUUCCCUGGGCAUCUUUCUCCAAGACUUACCCUUUGUUAUUGUUAGACUUAGUUUAAUCAUUGCCCUGGGAACAGUCACACCUGUAUUGGGCCUUUGUAAAAACAUACUCGUGAUGGUCUCUUACGUUUACUUCAAUUACUUCUCCAAAUUCAAAGCUUUAUCUACCUUUGAAACGUCUUCAUUUUAAAAAGAAAAUGUAAUAGGAGUGCCUGAGUGGCUCAGUCG